AUGACUGAAGAAGAGGGAAGAACGACAUCGACGAAGGAAGACGAAGCAGCAGUGAACGAACGCAGCAAUGGGAUUCUGGAAACGCAACAAUGGGACGAACACGAACAGGAACAGGAACGGAAUGCAAGGAAGAGGAACAUAUCAUCUUCUUCAUGGAAAAUAGAUAGUUUUGGCGAUGACGUGCGGUAUGACGAUGAUAGAUCAAUGGGUUUCAAAUCUAAAUCUUCAAAUUCAUCCUCUAUUUUUGGGGUUUUCAACCUGAAUAACAUUUCACGAAACUGGUAUUUUCGGCUUCCACUUUCACAUUAUGUAUUAGGGAAUAUUUGUGGAGGUUCGGCAGGCUGCAGCAUUAUACAUUACAAGAAAAUCACCAUUUAG